AUGCCGGAGUGGAAUGAAAGCGAGGACUACGAUCCGACAAUGCCGUUCAGUCCUACGGACUCGAAUUGGGACAGAAUGUUUCCAAAUUCCCCUUCCGUCCCUGUCGAUGCCGAAAUGAAGAUGCUUGAUCAGUCCAAGGAACAGGCGGAGGGCAUGGCAGAAAGUAUGCCAGACGAGUCUGCGCUGAGCGGACAGAGCGUGGAUGGCAGCGAUGACGAAGGAGAAGACGACCGGGGGAACAUACUUGAUUGGUACAAGGAAGCGACUACGUUGCAGCUGCGACAGAAAUAUGAUGCGCGAUACAUGAGACGAGCCUGUGUCACUUAUCUGACGAUAAACGAAGAGGCGAUGGUGAGGCAGGUGGAGGGGACCAUCCUGGAAGGAAGGAGGAGGGAUGUGGAACCCCUCCUCACGGCCUGCGAAGAGAUUUGGAAGUCCAGAUCCGCGAAUCCCACCGGGCGCGGGCGAGAGGAGAUCACGAGGACCACCCGCGAUGGAUUGCAGAAGGUGUGGACGACCACCAGUACGGGAGCGUUCGUCUUCAGCAGGAAUCAAUUGGGCAAAAUCGACUGGCCCGUUCUCACUUGGGACAUCAUUGAUGACAAGAAGCUGCAGCUCAUACCUCUCACACAGAAUGCCCACCAUGACCUGUUGACUCCCGACCAAAUCGAGGCCCUGGUGACGCAGCAAGCAGACGGCGAGUUGAGACCCUGGAUCGAGAUGUACAGAACUCUACGGAUACGGGCACUGCGGGCGGAUCGCACUCCAGGCCAGACGGAAUGGAUCAUGUCGCACCCGACUGCGAGUCACACCAACGACGAGAGUGAGCUUUCACGCCUAUCUGGCAAAAUCAGAUCGGGAGCCGCCCUUUCCAUCGAUCACAGCCAGGUGGUCUGGAAGGACGUCCGUGACAGCAAGGUUUCGCGAGAGACACUGCGGAAGACACUCGCGCUGGCCGAAACGUACGUGGCCCAAUGCUGCGCAUCUGAGACCGACCACUGCCCUGACAAGCACGUACUGAAGACUUCCCGUCGGGGAUUGCUGAGCCUCACGGUCAAGGACGAGCCCCAGACUGGGACGGCAGGUUAG